GUCUGUUUCUUGAUUUCCCACUCGUACUCGAGUUAAAGGAAAGAUAAAAACGCCAAGCGAAAACGUAGAAUACUGAAACCGCUUGACACAUUCACAUACUAAAGAAAGUAGAAUAUUCCCCGUAAUUUUAGUAGCUUAUACCCCCAUAAUCUGGUAUAUCAACACUUCCCAAAAUCCCAUAUAUAUAGGUGAGGGAGGGAUGCCAUAAGAAGAUGGUACUGUCACUAGUGUUAAACAGAGAGUUCAAGCUGAGGUCGAAAAUGGGUGUGUCAAGAACAAGUUUUCUUGGGUGUUGUAUUCUUGCAGUUUUUGGUUUGAUUAUCAAUGCAUCCAUUUUAUGCAGAGGUGGAAUUACAAGCAGUUUUGUUAGGAAACUUGAGAAGACCAUUGAUAUGCCUAUGGACAGUGAUGUCUUCAGUGUGCCUCCUGGCUAUAAUGCACCUCAACAGGUUCACAUAACACAAGGAGAUCAUGUUGGUAAGGCAAUGAUUGUCUCAUGGGUGACAAUGGAUGAACCUGGUUCAAGUACAGUUUUAUACUGGAGUAACAACAGCAAGCAAAAGAAUAAGGCCAAGGGAACUCUUACUACCUACACAUUCUACAAUUAUACUUCUGGUUACAUCCACCACUGCAUAAUUAAGCAUUUGAAGUUCAAUACCAAAUAUUACUAUGAGGUGGGGAUCGGUCAUAAUCCAAGAACCUUUUGGUUUGUGACUCCUCCACAAGUUGGCCCUGAUGUUCCUUAUACUUUUGGACUUAUAGGGGAUCUUGGUCAGAGUUUUGAUUCAAAUAGGACGCUCACACAUUAUGAAUUAAAUCCAAUCAAGGGGCAGACAGUGUUGUUUGUUGGCGACUUAUCUUAUGCAGAUAACUAUCCUAAUCAUGACAACACAAGAUGGGAUACAUGGGGAAGGUUUGUAGAGAGAAGUGUUGCUUAUCAACCAUGGAUCUGGACAACAGGGAAUCAUGAGAUAGAUUUUGCUCCUGAAAUUGGGGAAACAAAACCAUUUAAGCCCUAUACUCAUCGAUAUCGUGUCCCUUAUAAAUCAUCAAACAGUACAGCUCCCUUUUGGUAUUCAAUCAAGAGAGCAUCAGCAUACAUCAUAGUUUUGUCCUCAUAUUCAGCUUAUGGCAUGUACACUCCACAAUAUCAAUGGCUUUAUGAAGAGCUACUGAAAGUUAAUAGGAGCGAGACACCAUGGCUGAUUGUUCUAUUGCAUUCGCCGUGGUAUAACAGCUACAACUAUCACUAUAUGGAAGGGGAGACCAUGAGAGUAAUGUAUGAGCCAUGGUUUGUGCAGUACAAAGUUGAUGUUGUUUUUGCAGGUCAUGUUCAUGCUUAUGAGCGAUCGGAACGUGUAUCCAAUGUGGCUUACAACAUUGUCAAUGGAAAAUGCACUCCAAUUCACGAUCAGUCUGCCCCUAUAUACAUAACAAUUGGUGAUGGUGGAAAUAUUGAAGGCCUCGCCAAUAGCAUGACAGAGCCACAGCCAGAGUACUCUGCAUUUCGAGAGGCUAGUUUUGGUCAUGCUACUCUUGAUAUCAAGAAUAGAACUCAUGCUUAUUAUAGUUGGCAUCGUAAUCAAGAAGGAUAUGCUGUGGAAGCUGAUAAGUUGUGGCUUUAUAAUCGUUUUUGGCAUCCAGUUGAUGAUUCUACAACACCCAAAUCAUGAUCUUCCUGUAAAGGACUAGUUUUUUAUUUUUAUUUUUUUUUCUGCCUCGUGUAAUUCGAUUUCCGGAUUUGUAAUCAAUAAAGUUUCUUAAUUACCGA